CGGCGACCCGGAGCGGAUCCGCAGGCGGGCGCGGAGACUGCAGCACCCACCCAAGCACCGAGCUCCUUGGUAGAUCCUCCACACGCCACUUGGAACCACCUGGGGCAGGAUUCCCUUGGUCCUUCUGGCCUGAACCCCGGCCUGCAUUUUUGCCACGUGCAGAUCCAUCUGAGCAGAAACAAGUCACCUCACCACAGCCAUGAACUUCCUCCGGCGCCGCCUCUCUGACAGCAGCUUCGUGGCCAACCUGCCCAAUGGCUACAUGAGUGAUCUGCAUCGGCCGGAUAGUUCCACCAGCUCCCCUGCCUCCCCAGCCAUGGAACGGAGGCACCCCCAGCCCCUGGCCGCCUCCUUCUCCUCGCCGGGCUCCAGUCUCUUCAGCUCCUUCUCUAGUGCUGUGAAGCCCACUUCACCGGCCCCAACAGGGCUGGUGGAGCCUCCAGGCCCUUCUACACCCAUAGUGCACAGGCCCCGGGUCCUACUGGUGAUCGACGAUGCCCACACUGACUGGGCUAAGUAUUUUCAUGGAAAGAAAGUGAAUGGCGAGAUUGAGAUUCGGGUGGAGCAGGCAGAAUUCUCCGAGUUGAAUCUGGCUGCUUAUGUGACAGGGGGCUGUAUGGUGGACAUGCAAGUCGUGCGAAAUGGGACCAAAGUCAUGAGAUCCUUCAAGCCUGAUUUCAUCCUGGUUCGCCAGCAUGCUUACAGCAUGGCACUGGGAGAGGACUAUCGCAGCCUGCUCAUAGGCCUGCAGUAUGGAGGACUACCAGCUGUCAACUCCCUCUACUCCGUCUAUAACUUCUGCAGCAAGCCCUGGGUGUUCUCACAACUCAUUAAGAUCUUCCAUUCCCUGGGCCCGGAGAAGUUUCCGCUAGUGGAGCAGACCUUCUUCCCCAACCACAAGCCCAUGGUGAGUACUGUUUUUUCCCCGUAGGUGGUGAAACUGGGACACGCCCAUGCUGGGAUGGGAAAG